ACUAAACUAAUUAUAGGAACUAAAAACCCAUAUUAAACUCGCGCGUACAACCCAUCAGAUAAAUCCAUAAACCCUAAAACCGUUCGUUCUCAAUCCUCUUCAUUGUCUGAAACGUGUCAAUAACCCAUUGCUCUCGCCAUGGGUUCCUUUAUAUGCUGAGGGUGAGCCAGACUCUCUUUCCAACCAACUCAAUCUCUCCCUCUAUCUUUUACUCUGUUUUUCAAGUCAGCCCCUUUUCUUGUCUUUUAAGUAUCAGAGGAAAAUUGAGGAAUUUUGGGGUUAAAAAUGAAACAGAGCUUUGACAGUCAAUUCACCAUGGAAGGUAUUGAGGUUGCCAAUAUCAUGUUGGAGCUUCCCCGUCUCAUAUUACGCCCUCCUCGCUUUUCUUGUACUUGGGGCUGCCGGAGGAGGAGAUCCGUUUCCACAUCUUCUCCGCCGCCGUCGCAACAGCCGCUUUCUUCUUCCGCCAUCGUGGGACCCAUCGAAAAGGUCUUAUCUUCAAGCCCUGACACCCCUCUAUCCUUUUGUCCCAAUGAAGCAGAUGAGAAGCCUCAGCCUCAGCCUCCCAAGAAGAAAACUUCGGUUAACACUCUCAAAAGGCAGAAAAAAGAACAAAUUUUAGAAAUGGUGGAGGAUUUUACCCAUCGCAAUGAAUUGCUUAAAAAGGAUAUAGAGAUUAAGAGGCAAUUGCUUGAUCAACAAAUAGCUGAGAAUUUGGAAUUGAAAUCGAAGAAACAAAAGUUAAAUCAGAGUCUUCUCACACCAGUAACAAAUAGAAGGUUGGAUCUUGGGGUACAAUCAGCCCAAGUUAGUAUUGGUCAAUACCAUCAUUAUCAACAGCAAGGAAUUCCCAGCAGGGUUCAUCACCAGACGUUGAUGAUGGAUCGGAUGGUUGAAAUAAUCUCAAUGUUGCCAUCAUCAAACGGUAUCCCAGACCUCAACGUUGCUGCAGAGGAAGCAUUCAUCGAUCUAGACACAGUAACAAGGAGCAGAGCAGCAGCAGAAGCAAGGUUUAAAAGGAGGCAAAUUUGCAGAGCAAAGAAUUACAAUGCCAUUUACAAAGCUGGGUGCCCUUUAACGUGACUUUUGUUAAUUUUAUCCUUUUUUGCUCUCUGUUUUUAUUUACAGAAUGGAAAAUUGUAAAUUAGAGGGAGAUUGAGAAUAUAUUUGAUUUGGUAUUAAAUGUUUAUAAUAAAUGCUUUUUCAGUAUCUUUGAAUGAUUGAUUCAAUAGAAGAUUUUGCUUUGGUUUUUGGGUGUGAAAGAA